GAGUGCCGUGCGAGCGGAGAAGCGACUGCCUGGGGCCAGCAGCGUGUUUUCUUGGUUCGGUUCGGCCCGGCCCAUCUAGGCGGUGCGGCUUGGCGGGCUGUGAGUGGGUCUGCGGAGCCUCUUCGCUCGGGACGCGGAGCGCGCAGAACUCGGGGCGGUUCGCCUGAAGUGGAGCGGAGCUCCCUCGGAGCACCGCUGGAUUACAGCGCUGUGGUGGGAGGCGGAGCGGGACCCCGCGGGGCUUCCUGAGGUCCUGGGCUGCUGUGCCAGCCUGCAACAGGGCUCAUCUGUGUGCGGGGCUUCCCAUUGUGGCUGCAGCACCAUUUCCAAGAGGAAUGCUGAAACAAAAGGGCUAAUGAGCACCAGAGAGGAAGGAUCUAUAACUUCCAGAUGGCAACAAGCCUGUAAUCCCUUUGGGAAGGAUUAGGGACUCAUCAGCGUGGCAGAGCCUGGCAAGGGCAGCAAAGCAAAGCACCUCUGGCUGCAGAGUCCAGCGCAGGUUUGGCAGCAUCCCAGUACUGGCCCUGCUGGCCGUCCUGCCCUGAGCUGCCUCAUUUGGUCUUGUAGCACUCUGUGGGGCCAGGCACUGGUCCUGCAGCACUGGACUCUCCUCGUUUUGGCUGAUGGCAUGUUCUUCAGCCUAACCCAAUCUGGGUCCUGCUGCUCCCAAUGAAGGAAGGGACUUCUGCUGCUGACAGGGAGACUUAUUCCUUCUUUUUUUUAUGUCCUAUGGGAUUUUAAGGUAUUCUUCUUGCUGGAUUUCACCUCCUAUCCAGGCAUAUUUUGCAGAUUUACAGACUUAUUUCCAUGGCUUUAUAAACUACUGGGAUCUGAAGGCUUCUUCCUUCUGUGCUGCUCCUCCCACCUGUCUGCAAUGGGGCGAGAGCAGGAUCUGAUCCAGGCUGUGAAGAAUGGGGACAUACCUGGUGUGCAGAAGCUGGUGGCCAAGAUCAAAGCAUCCAAGAGCAAGUUCCUACUGGACCAGUUGAACAGGAGCCAAAGCGCAUUGUUAAUGAAAGAGUAAAUAUUUUGCUGGUGCCUGCAUCCUGCAGCCCCAUAAGUGACCUCAGCCCCAUGGUGUUUCCAGUGUGUCACCUCUGGCACAGGUGGUGCUCACCUCUUUUCUUUUCCCGGACGGCUGCAGAAGCCACACUUGGCUGCUGGCCCCCCCCUGCUAUCGCCUCAUCUCUUCCUGCUGCAGAAGGUGUACUGUCCUUUCGGAAGGAUGAGGGAAAUGGAAAAGGCUCCACCUCUUCCCUCUGCAAAUACAGCUCCUCUGAAUUCACAUCCUGCAGAGCGAAAUAGCAAGAUCCCAGCUGGGACCGUGACUUCACUUCCUGGUAAUGUGUUUCUCCAGCCAGCUGGGAAAGGAGCCUCCAUAUCUCUGAAUGAGCUGCCUGGCUUCCCCCACCCGAAGUCUUUAGCAGAUGUUUCCAGCCUGAUGGGCUGGGGGAUGUGGAGUGAAGAUUUCAGCUUCAUGGGAAGGGGAGCUCCCACUUGGUUGCAGCACCAGUUUGCACUGGUGCAAACCUGAAGAUGGAGUGAAACCCUUCAUCUUAAUGAAGGCUUUCUGGGUCCUGAAACAUGCAGCAGGAGCACGUGGCUUGCUCCUGCAAGGAAAAGGGUGACUUCAGACACGUCUUUCUUUCUGAAGGGAUUCUUUUUCAUUGCUUCCUCUCCUUGGUGCUGGCCCCAUUCAUCUCCUCUGAGACCAUGAAAUUUUGGGAGUAGAGAGGCAAGAGCUCCACCUUCUCAACUACACAGAUGGGCACAGGGCUUCUGACUUUGCUUUUUUCCUUUCAUUGUUCUGGGAGUGUUUGCUUUGAACAAACUGCUUGUUUUUUUCCUGCUUUGCUUGGGGGGGAACAGCAAGGGGGAAACUGGGGGCCUGGCCAGAGGUCCCUGCAGAUGGCUGUGGCUUUGCUCUGUGGGGUUACUGCUCCUGCUGUUUCCGACCUCUUUAAAAUACUUAAUUGUUGGAUUUUCCCUGUGAAAUACCAAAUAAGGGAGAAGUCUCCCAGGUGACACCAUAAUCCUGCUGCCGUGCUCCCACACACCUGCUUUUGCCUAUCAGUAACUAUGGGUCCCCCAUAGCAAACCAUGGAGGAAGGCAGAAACUUUGGGCCUCUGCUGUCUGCCCAGAAAAGGGACAUCAGAUCCUUCAGUGCAGCCUUAGCACAAGCGUGCCCAGGGGGCUUAUUCCACCUAGAUCUGGGGCUGAAACUGGGAGCAGUGCAUGUUUGUACUGGAUACUGUGCAGCCUGCAGGGCUGGUUCUGCUGCAUCUUACACCUGGGUUUGGAUGGCUUCUCCCAUCCCCAGGGUCAGCUGAGGGGCUUCUUCCUGCCAGGGGAGCUGAAUCCAGCACUGGGCUCAGUGUUUGGGAUGCAGGCUGGUGUCUCUGGGAUUGGGAGGCUUUGCCCUCACACAGCCUCUGUCCCAAGCUUGCUGGAUGGCUUUGGCUGAGUUUCUUCAUGUCUCUGUGGUCGAAUUCCUUUUCUGUUGAAGUGGGCAAAUCCCUUUCUAACCUGUUGGAAAACAGCACUUUGAAUAGCAGGUUUGUGCUAAGCAGCUGUGCUGGGAGGAGCUGGGUGUGGGUGACUGUGGCAGACAUGCCUGUGGAUGGAGGGAUGGCAGGAAGGGGAUCAUUUCUGCAGAGAAGAGAUAGAUGGAUGUCACCUCUUUAUGCCACACUUCCUUGAGAGAUACAAGAUCUAUCCUGAUCCCCAGCCGAACCCAAGCAAGAGCUCCUGGGAUCUGCCAAGCGCCUGAAUGUGAACUACCAGGAUGCAGAUGGGUUCUCAGCACUGCACCAUGCGGCCUUGGGUGGCAGCCUGGACCUCAUCUCACUGCUGCUGGAGGCACAGGCCACUGUGGACAUCAAGGACAGCAACGGGAUGCGCCCCCUGCACUAUGCAGCCUGGCAGGGGCGCGUGGAGCCGGUGCGAGUGCUGCUGCGUGCUGCUGCCUCUGUCAACAUGGCCUCACUGGACGGGCAGAUCCCACUGCACCUUUCAGCGCAGUAUGGCCACUACGAGGUGUCGGAGAUGCUUCUGCAGCACCAGUCCAACCCCUGCCUCAUCAACAAGGCGAAGAAAACCCCCUUGGACUUGGCCUGCGAGUUUGGGCGGUUGAAGGUGGCCCAGCUGCUGCUAAACAGCCAUCUGUGCGUUGCCCUCCUGGAGGGACAGUCCAAAGACGUGACCGACCCCAACUACACCACCCCACUGCACCUGGCAGCCAAGAAUGGGCACAAGGAGAUCAUCAGGCAGCUGCUGAAGGCUGGAAUUGAGAUCAAUAAGCAGACAAAGACAGGCACAGCCUUGCAUGAGGCCGCGCUCUAUGGCAAAACAGAGGUGGUGCGGUUGCUGCUGGAGGGUGGUGUUGACGUGAACAUCAGGAACACCUACAACCAGACAGCACUGGACAUUGUCAACCAGUUUACCACCUCACACGCCAGCAAAGACAUCAAGCAGCUGCUGAGAGAGGCAUCAGGAAUCCUGAAGGUCCGAGCUUUGAAGGAUUUUUGGAACCUCCAUGACCCAACUGCUCUCAAUGUCCGGGCAGGAGACAUCAUUACGGUCCUGGAGCAGCAUCCAGAUGGGCGAUGGAAGGGACACAUUCAUGACAUUCAGAAAGGCACCGAUCGCGUUGGGUACUUCCCCCCAUCCAUUGCCGAAGUCAUCAGCAAGCGAAUAGGCAUGAUCCUCCCCCGCAUGGCGCCCACGCAUCAGCACCAGGGCACUCCUGGGGCCCUCAUGGCACUGCCCGACUGCAGCCCUCCACGGCUGCAGCACCUCCCUGACGAGUGUCCACAGCAGGCAGCCCCAGGCAUCCCACCAUCCUAUGGCCAUCUCACCCUAACCUGGACGGCCCCAGGCCCAGACAGCUCAGCAGGAGACAGGAACAGCGUGGGCAGUGAGGGCAGCAUUGGCAGCAUCCGCAGUGCCGGCAGUGGACAGAGCACCGAGGGCACCAACGGGCAAAACACCAACAUCGUCAUCGAGAACACCCGGCCGCUGCCCUCCACUGGUGAUGACCUCCAGCAACACCUUUUGGGAUCAGAGCCACUCAAUGAACAGAUUAAUUCCACGACAGGGCCCCCAGGCUACCAGACCCCUAGCAGCUGCACCCCUGGAGACAAGGUCUUUUCCCACCAGUUUCUGCGACCUGAGCAGCUCCUUGAGGGGAAGGAUGCAGAAGCCAUUUACAACUGGUUGAGUGAGUUCCAGCUGGAGUCAUACACUGUCAACUUCCUCAGUGCUGGCUACGAUGUCCCCACCAUCAGUCGCAUGACACCAGAGGACCUAACGGCCAUAGGUGUGACCAAACCAGGCCACAGGAAGAAGAUCUCCACUGAGAUUGGGCAGCUUAGUAUCGCUGAGUGGCUGCCCAACUAUAUCCCGGCUGACCUGAUGGAUUGGCUCAGUGCCAUUGGGUUGCCGCAGUACCACAAAAAGUUGGUAAACAACGGCUACGACUCCAUUACCAUUGUCACAGACCUGACAUGGGAGGAUUUGCAAGAGAUUGGCAUCAACAAGCUGGGCCACCAGAAGAAGAUCAUGCUGGCUGUAAAGAAGCUCAGAGACCUCCGCAAAAGCCUCAGCCAAGCAGAAGCUACACUGACAAGACACAAAGUCCCCGGUGCCCUGCACAUUGUUACUAUUGAGUCACUGGAGAAUGGGGAGUGCCAGUCCCCAAACACACCCAAAAUGACAACGUUCCAGGACAGCGAGCUCAGCUAUGAGCUCCAGACAGCCAUGUCCAACAGCUGCCACGAGACACUCAGCAUCAAAAACAGCCAGGGAAUGUCACAGAGCCAGGAGAGCAUUGGGGUGCGGUCCCGGGGCUCGGGGCACUCACAGGACAAUGUACUGUCCUGGCACCUCUCCAGUCCCUCGCAGGAGAGCCUGGGCAGUGGGGAGAGCAGCAGCAGCAGCAGCGGGCAGUCCUGCAUGCCACCCCACAGCAAGGAAAGCCUGGCCAGCCUGCCAAGACAGCCCAGCCCGGAGCCCUAUGGGAAACUCACCUCCCCCGAGGGGCUGAACAGCUUCACCAAUGGCAGUGGGGGCAGCCCUCUCAAGGAGAGGAACCUGCCUGAAGGCACGGAUCAGUAUGCCCAGCUGACAGCUCAGAAAGGUGCUGGCCCUGUGGGGACACUGAUGGUCACCCCUAGUACCCCUCCCCAAACUCCCAGCAUGGCAACAGCUCCAUAUGUAUUCAUGUACCCACAUGUCUCCUUGAAAUCCCCAAGAGCCCCUUCCAGCCAGGGAGCAGAGCAACCCAAGACCUUGGCACACUCCUACCCCUCCUUCUCCUCUGGGCAAAAGAACAGCCUGCAAACAUCAGCCCCAAAAGCUUUCUCGUAUCUGCACAGUCAGUGCAGCCCUGCUGAGCUGCUUGAGGCUGCCACGGCCCCAAAUGCCUGGCAGACAGGGGAACAGCACAAGGGGGGUGAAAGCUCCAAGAACAAGAAGCGGUCACACAGCCUGAACCGCUAUGCGCUGUCGGAUGGAGAGCACGAGGAGGAGGAGGGGAUGCCCACCAGCACGCUGGGCUCCUAUGCCACCCUGACGCGGCGGCCAGGCCGCAGCCAGAUGCCACGGGCCUGCCUGCAGACAGAGGCCAAGGUGACCCGCAGCCAAUCCUUUGCCAUCCGGGCCAAGCGCAAGGGCCCCCCACCGCCACCUCCCAAGCGUCUCAGUUCUGUCUCCAGCACUCUCACCACUGAAGUGGACAGUGAGCAACUCCCUGACCCUGAGCGACAGUCUUCUGUUCCCCAGGACGCAGCUGACAUGGGUGCCAGCCCCGGUGACAGUGGCUGCAGCAGGACAGUGAGGAGCCUGGUGGCCACACUGGAGGAAACACCAGGGCUGAAUCCACCCAAACCUCUGCUGGCCCCAAAACCACUGCAUGUGGCUCAGGACUCUCUCUCCAAGGCUGCUGUGGAUGAUCGGUCCCACAACAGUUGUGAUCCCAGCAGCACUGCACUCUCUGACUCUGGCCAGGACCCCUUUGAUAGCAGCAAGCCGCGGAGGCGGACACUCAGUGAGCCCAGUACUCCCAUGACAGAGGCUGUGCAGGGCAGGCAGGAGGAUGCCUGCUCAGACACAGAAGAAGAGGCCAAGCCAGAGGUCUCUUCAUCCUCCCAGAACAGUUCCAGUGAGUGCAUCCCCUUUGCAGAAGAAGGCAACUUAACCAUCAAGCAGCGACCAAAGCCUGCUGGGCACCCCAAGGCUGAUGCUGCAGUGCAGGACACAGAGCCCAGCUCCCAACCUGCAGAGUCCACGUGCUCUGAUGGGAAGGAGCUGGCUGUGUCCGCUGUCACCAGGGAGCUGCCCAUGCUGGAGUUCAACCUCACUGAGUCAGACACAGUGAAGCGUCGGCCCCGCUUCAAGGAGCGGGAGCCACUGCAGGCAGUGCUGAAGGCAUUCAGCAUGGCAGGGCAGGCUGAGGUGGGGGCCAGCUCUGCACCCCAGUAUGCCCAGGCCCAGGCUGUAAGCAUCUUGGGCCCCACCACACAGGGUCCAGCACUGCAGACUGGACUGGCUGGAGAUGCUUUUGACGAUGACAGUGUGGAGUUCAGGAUUGCUGAGAUAGAGAAGAGCAUCUUGUCACUGGAGAAAGGGAUUAACAAGGCACCGAGCCCUGUCAAAGCCCCCAGCCCCACAGAACUACUCGGCACUGCUGUGGUGAGGAUGCCUGCUCCAGGUAUGGGGAUUUGUGGGGAGGUCUCUAGGGUUGUGGCAGGGCCUGAGGCUCCCUCCUUCCACAGCUGGCUCCAUGUGGCAUUCCCAACCAGCCCAGUGAGGCGGACCUGUGCCACUGCAUGCCACAAGGCUUUUUUCCUUGCAGACGUCCCUGCCAAGCACACUUCGGUGGCGUCCACAAAGCUGGUGUUCUCGGGGCCCAAGACCAUCUACCAGCAGGUCCUGCAGCCUUCCCGCCAUACCAUCGCUCCUUGGGCAGCCACUGAGGUGGUACCGAAUGUGAUCGGGUCCCUGGCUGGCCCCAGCCCACUGACACUGGAGGCAAGUGGCAAGGUGUUUGUAAAGCCCUUGGCCUCUGCCCCAGGGGCUGCCCUGGUUCAGCAGCAGCUGGAGCACACCAGCAUCAUCACAUUGCAGGCAGCUGAGAAGAAGAUUACAGUGGAGGAGGUGCAGAGCCCCCCCAGGGCCACACACUCGGCCAAGAACAUCCUGGAGGACAUCAGCAAUAUGUUUGAUGAUCUGGCCGACCAACUGGACGCAAUGCUGGACUGAGGCUUGUUCUCUCUUUCCUUUUCCCCCGUCUGCUCUCAGCGUGAUGGGGGAAGAACGGAUCUGUGCCAAGUGGUGCCUUCAGGUUCCUCCAGCUGCCCCCUCCCUGCACCUUUGCACCUCCUUUGCAUCGCUGUUGGGGAUGUGGAUAGUCCUCCUCACCCCUCAUGUCACCACUGCUGCACAACUGCGGGCUGCUUUCCGAGAGAGUUGAGCAUUUUCUUUUGGACUGGCAGAAGGAGGAGAGCUCAGGAGGGCUGCGCUCCUGGAGGCCAUGGAGGAGCCCUCGCCUCCUUGCACAGAGCUGAGGAGCCUCCACAAGGGACCUUUCUCUUUCCUCAGCGCACUGAUUCCUGCUUCUUAUUAUUUAUCCCCUGCCAACAGUGUGUCAAAAGAAAAACCUUCCUGGGCAGCUGCCAUGGAGCUGGCUACCGCACAGAGCCCUGCCUGACAGCAGCUGAAAGAAGACAGGGCUUGUCCUCAUUUGGCAGCUCAUAGAGCGAGAAGGAAUCUUCCUACUUUAUUUGUUGCUUUUCCAAAUGCAUCAGCAUCAGGCAGCAUGUAAUGCGAGUGGAGUGAAAGACCCAGUGGGACCCACACCUCCCAGGAUGGGGCUGGCACUGCCUAUGCCCACAGUCAUGGGGAUGGUGGCACCGAAUGCCACACACGGACACAUUUAAGGCAGUCUAGAGCAAUGUAUUCCAUGGAGGCUGUCCUUUGCUGACACUGUGCCUACCCAAAAUGCAGCCCUUGUGCUUCCAGGGAUGAAGUAGCAGAAUAGUUAGUGGUGGCUUUUUUUUUCUUUUUUUUUUUAACCCUCGUUUCUUUCUUUCUGGGUGUGGGCCCUCUUCCUACUCCCUCUUCCUGCCCUGCAGGGAGAUGCUGGCACAGGCUGUGAAUGCUGUUACACAGCAGCAGCGUUUGGGACCAGGCUUCCAAGCAGUGCUAAAACCCAGUGAGAGAGGUGAUCCCACAUGCAUGGGGUGAACUCAGCUCAGCAGCUGCUGUGCUCACACUGGAUGCAGUUACAGCCCUGUGGCUGCAGCAGGGGAACAGCAAUGGUAGCUCAUUGCAUCCAAGCAAUAGGAACAGCUGCAUAGCUUGAAGACAGAUUUCUCUUCCAGGAUCUGUUUAGUAGUGCAUGUCUAAAUAUGACUAAGAGCCCUGAACUUGGCUUGCACUCAGCAUGCCAAGCAAAUGAAAGCACCAGAGCACCAGAAGGGACCCUAAGAUUGUACUGAAGUGCCAUUUGUUAGAAAAAUUCCAAACAAAGCGAAAAUAAAUUCAAUUUCCUACCCCUCUUAGAGAAUAUCUCACACAAAACCAAGCUGGAAAGGGAGAAGGUGGCCAAAGAAGCAGUUUUCCAGUCCUUUGGGGAAUGAGACUGAAGGAGCUUGUUCACAGCCCCUUGUCCUGCAUGGAGGAGCAGAGCCUGCCCAGGUGGCUCACGUGGGCCUUCCCCAAAUGGCCAGGGUACCAUGGCCUGGUAGGAGGUGCUAGCCUUGUUCCUGGACUGGGAAGCAAAGAUGGAAAAUUCCCCAGGAAAGAAUUGGCUGGGACUUAAGGUCAUUUUGAGGUGGUUAAGGCACCUUACUCCUGGCUAGUUGGUUAAUCUGUUCUAUACAUCAUGUUGUGUGUAUUUAAAUGACCACGUCUGACAGGCAAGUGCUACAUCGUGGACACGAUGCUUUUCAAAUAGCUCCAGCUGGUGGCACUUUAUCAAAAGGUUUACACAACCUUUAAAAACUGUUCUUUAUUCUCAUGAGUCAAUCUGGGACAAAUCCAGUUUUUUGUUUUUGUUUUUUCCUGACAUUGAUAAACUGUAAAUUUUUUUUAAGGCCAAUGUAUAUAUUGUAAAUGUGAUUUAUUAUAUAUAUUUACUAGCCAGAACCGCAAGUCUUGUACUGUGGGGUCAGCGAUAAGAGGACACUGUUGUGGAGCUGUCUCUGAGCCACCUGAGGGCAGCAUUACGCCGCUCUCAUUGUCAGUAAGGGAAUUAAACACUUGAUUUUUCCAGAAGAAUGCCUAUUUUUUAAGCUCUAGAUCUCUAUUUUGAAGCUACUGUAUGGUGUGUAAGUUAUGUACACUGCAGCUGGGACUGACCCUGCCUGCACCUGCUCCGUGCAGCAAGACAGAGGCAAACAAGUCGCCCAUGUAAUCAUUAGACUGACAACAGAUUUUAAACCUUCUGCUCUGUUUGUGUUGAUGAUGUGUUUUGUUUUCCACUAACAUCCAUUAAGACUGAAUGCUAUUAAAUAGUGGGGCCUAUUUUACCCUUUUUAUA